AUGCAGCACACACUGUCCCGGAGAACCAACUUGUUCCUAUCGACAACGUUGAUCCUGUCAGUCAAGCUGUCGUAUUAUCAUCCGGAAUCGCGCGAUCAUGAGCAGCAGCUCAUCUCAACAUUCCCGAAGAAUCAAGUCCAGGAGUCAGUGCCAACAAUCCUACACUUCGGCUCUCAGGAGACUAACCUUCACCACGAUCAGGUGGCUGCGUUCGCUGCAAGCGCCGACUCUCCUGGCUGGUUUGAGGAGGAGGCUCGGAACGUUUCGCGGGCGAUUUCUCACAUCUCACCCGAGCAUCAGACAACUGUUGAACCACCAACCAUGUCGACAUCAAGAUCCCGAGCGCAAGAUUCUAUCACGAGCUCUGUGGUCACGUCACCUGUGAGCGUUUCAAACUUCAUCAGAAGGGGUUCAGCUCCAGAAGAUGCCACUUCAUCGCCCACAGACAUUUGGUACAAUUGCGCAUCAGAGUUCCAUGCCGAUGGCAUACUCUGUGAGGGAUAUGCUGACAGCACUCUACUCCUUUAUGAACCUCUUGAUCAGAUCUCCCUCCUUUUGCACCAUUACUUUUCGCUCGUUUGUCCAAUAAGCUCGUCAUUCGACUCCGGCCAGAGUCCUUUUCGAUCAAAUGUCCUGGGAAUGAUGGUAGGCUCACGCCUACUCUUUCUUUGCGUCAUGAACAUGUCCGCCUCCCACUUCCAUAGAGACGACUACACCUCGACCACGCCUCUAAGCUUCCAGACCGAGGCAAUCUCCGAGAUCUCAACAGAGCUGUGCAAGAUCAACAAUUCUGCAAUGGUCAACUCUGGCGAGACGACCAUUGACCAAACAUUGUCUUUAUUGUCGUUACCGUAUCCUGUGAAGGAUGAAGUGCUGCUAGGCAUAAUCCUGCUCGGAAUGACCUCGGUAAGCCCCAUGCCCAUUUCAAGGUGA